CCCGGGGCCCCGCCCGCCCGAGCCCCGCCCCCAGCCCGCUGCGGCGGCGAGCCAGGCCGCGAGGCGACGCGCGGCGGGAGCCGUUCCCCGACGGCAGCCGGGCGCUCGGCCGCCGUGUCUGGGCUGAGCGCCGCGACGCCGCGCCGGAAACCCUCCUGGGUCUUGAGGCGUAUGGAACCUCAAGGUCUUUAUGACAAUGGAAACAAAAAAAUUGAUUGGCAAACCGCUUCAACCUGCAAGACCUGUUCGUCAUCUCUCUUCUCCUCCAGGACCAGUGUUCCCUUUCAACUUUCAGAAUGAAUAUCCAUGCAACACUCAAUGCUUACAAAGUGGAGUUGGCAGAUGUAAGACGAAUGGAAUGCAAGCCUUUUCUCAAGGUCUUAAUGAACAACAGCAACACCAGUCUCCAGUUAAAAAAGAGAGAAUUAAAUACAGCAGAGAUUUCUUGUUGAAGCUUUCAAGUGUUUCCAUCUGCAGAAAAAAACCAGACUUUCUGCCUGAUCAUCCCAUUGUACUUCAAAAACCAGUGAGUGUUCCUCACUUCCUUAUUGCAAAAUUGUAUUCAGGAAAACAACCAAAGUUUUAAGUAGCAUUUUAAGAACAGAUGAAUUUGAAGAUAAAGAAUUAUUCAUUUUAUAUUUUGGACACCUGCAAAUGAAGUGGACCUAGUAACAAUAACUAAUGGACUGUGACGAUUCAAUUUAUUUUUACUUUUGAUGGUUGGCUAUUUGGCUUCUCAUAAAAGGAGAAAGAGAUAUUUUAAAGUAUAAAGAAUUUUUCUAAUCAGUUUCAGCUUUGCAGGCAGUUCCUGCAAAAAUUGGGAAGUAACACUCGAAAGUGGGGAUGUUGUUGGCGAAGUGGGAAGACUGUAUUAUAAUUUGCAUGCUAUUUGCAAUUCUUGUUUUUCACCACUUGUAAUAAUGGAAUGGAAAUGUAAGCUGUAAAGAUUCUCACAUAUAAAGUAUUUGCUACGAUG